AAAAAAAAGCCGAAAAAGAGAGUUGCUUGAAAUAAAUUAGGCGCAAGAGUGGCAGUAUUAAGCAGUGAAGAAAGCACUUGAGAAAAAUUGAACACCCUCACUUGGGUUCACUCUCUUUCUCUCUCUCUCUCUUGCUGUCUUGUUUUUUGUUAUAUAUAAAACCAGAAACAAGAAAGUGUAAAGCCAGCUAAUAGUUAUUCGUAGUUGAUGAGCGGGUGUACUAUUAAGUGUGCCUCAAAGUACGGAUAAUUAUUUUGUGUUCAACGGAAACAAACAUUUGUUGUGUUAUUUUCAGUGUUGCUUGUUGCUGCUGCAAGCCAAACAAAAGAAAGAAGAGAUAAGAGUGUUUGGUUGUGUGUGUGUCCCCUUUUGAGUACCAACAAUAAUCUCUCUCUAAAAAAAGAAGAUAUCUUUAUAUGUAACAACUUCUACUACUUCACUUCACCCUUGUAUCACUUUGAGACUCUACUCUUCAAGGAUGAGUAAACAAGACAUGAUGAGAAUUCAGAAUUGUAUUCUGAAGGUGAAUAUCCACUGUGAUGGGUGUGAGCAGAAAGUGAAGAAACUGCUUCAGAAAAUAGACGGUGUGUAUUCAGUGAAUAUAGAUGCUGAGCAAGGGAAGGUUGUGGUAUCAGGCCAUAUAGAUCCAGCAAAGCUCAUAAAGAAGCUCAAGAGAGGAGGCAAACAUGCUGAACUAUGGAGCCAGAAAGGAGGAGGAGGAGGCGGCAUCAUGUUCAACCAGAACUUCCCCAUUAACCCACAACAGUUCAAGAACUUGCAAAUUGAUCCCUCCAAGAUGAUGGCGGCAGCAUCAGCAGGAGGAGGAGGAGGAGGAGGAGGAAAGAACAAUAAGGGGCAAAAUGGUCAUAAAGGAGGAGGAGGAGGAGGAGGUGGUGGUGGUGGUGGUGGUCAAAUAGCAAACUUUCAAAACAUGAAGGGGACAAAAGAUCUCAAGGGACAGGGGAAGGAUCAGAAAUCUGUCAAGUUUAACUUAUCCGAUAAUGAGGAUUAUGAUGAAAGUGAUGAUGGUCUUGAUGAUUUUGAUGAUGAGUUCGAUGAUGAGGAUUUUGAUGAUGACGAAUAUGAUGAUGAGGACGAGGAAGAAGAAUAUGGCCAUGGACAUGGUGGACAUGGUGGGCAUGGUAAUCCCAUGAUGAAUAACAAGAUGAUGCCAAUGAUGAUGGCCAAUGCCCGUGGGCCACAUGGGCCUGCUGGCAUGAUGAUGAAUGGGCCUGCCAUGAACAGCCAUAAAGGCAAUGCCUUUGGUGGCGGUGGUGGUGGGGGAGCCAAGAAAGCUGCUGAUGUCAUGGAUCUCCCUAUGCAAAUGAAGGGCAAAGAUGGAAAUGGGGGAAAGAAAGGUGGUGGUGGAGAUGGUGGUAAAAACAACAAAGGAGGAAAGAAUAACAAGGGGGGUGGCGGUGGUGGUGGUGGUGGUGGUGGAGAUAACAAGAAAAAGGGUGGGAAAUCAAAAAGUGGUGGUGGUGGCGGUGGCUUCCUUGUUAAGUUAUUAGGUCUUGGAGGAAAGAAAAGCAAGAAAGGGGCAACCGACACAACAAACAAGAACAACAAAGGCAAUGGGAAUGGUGGGAACAAGGGCAAAGAUGGAAAGAAAAAUGGGGGUGGGAAAUUGGACAAAGUUGACUUCGAUUUUGAUGAUUUUGAUAUUCUCCCUCCUAGUAGUGGCAAAAGUGGAAAGGGUGGGAGUGGUGGUGGCAAGGGGGGUAAUAAUAAUGGUCAUCAUCAUGGCGGUAGUGGUAAUAAUGGCAACAUGGGCCAAAUGGGUCAGAAAGGCCCAAUGGGACAAAUGGGCCAGAUGGGGAAUAUUCCGGCAGUGCAAGGGUUGCCGGCGGCCGCAAUGAAUGGUGGUGGCUACUAUCAAGGGAUGCAAAUGCAACAACCAAAUCCAUAUAACAUGCAACAACAACAAUAUAUGGCCAUGAUGAUGAACCAACAUCAACAACAGCAGCAACAUCAACAUCAACAAGCAAACAUGAAUAUGUAUCCACCACAACACAUGAUGUAUGGUGGUGGUGGCAUGAGGCCGUACAUGAUGCCACCGCCACCCAUGCCGUUACAUCCCAUGGCUGAUCCCAUGACACAUGUUUUCAGUGAUGAGAACACCGAGAGCUGCACCAUCAUGUAGUAGGUAGUAGUACUGUAUAAAGUUUUAGUACUAGUUGGCUUAGUUUGUUUUUUUUUUUUUUUUCUCAAGGGUUAUUAUUGUCAUCUUGCCUAGUGGUUCCAUUAAAUUUUGUUGUAGACUUUGGAAGUAGUGGUAAAAUAUUAGAGGGGGAGGGGGAAGGAGAAAAAGAAAAAAGUGUAAGAUUUUUAGGAUAAUUUGAUAUAUCAUAUGUUUUUUGUUUGCAUUUUAAUUUUGGUACCGUGUCCUACGUGAAAACAAACUUAUAUAUUGUAGAGUGGGACAUGGUUUGGUUGCUGCCACUGCAAGGCAACGACAGAAAAACUCACAUGGCCUUUGCUGAAAAUUAAAUUGGAGCCAUGUGCCUUGUAAAAUCCAAAUUGCUCUUUAGGGUUCCUUAUGUGGGCUACUGCUAUUAGCCACCUUGCUAAAUAUAUGCUUUUCACACGGGCUAGUUGAUCACAACGCUGAAAUUUGUUGAAUUAUGUAAUAAAACUUUGGUUCAUGUUUCAA